UGCACUCAAAACUCGCCGAAAUUCGAUCCAGCAAGCGUUCGCAGUUUUGUAUGGAAAUCCAUCAAGUACUAUGAGCCUCUUCGCCAUCCAGGACCUGAAGGUCCGCCCGGACAUCGUGCACGAGUACCCGGGGCCGGGCGUCAUCCCGGGCACCACCGCCAUCGUCAUCGACAACGGUUCGUAUCACUGCCGGGCGGGUUGGGCCUCGCAGGAGGAGCCACUGCUGUGCUUCAAGAACGUGCUGGCCAAACCGCGCAAGGACCGGAACAAAAAGGACGCCGAGGCGGCGGCGGUUCCGACGGUGCAGAUUGGGAACGACAUUGUGAACAUUGAGGCGGUGCGGUUCCAGCUGCGGACGCAGUUCGAUAGGAAUGUUGUUACGCAUUUGCACGUCCAGGAGCAGAUUCUGGACUAUCUGUUUGAGCGGAUGGGGGUGGACGCGGACGGGAGUGUGCCGCAUCCGGUGCUGCUGACGGAGUGCGUCACGAAUCCGAACUAUAGCCGGAUGUUGAUGGCUGAGUUGAUGUUUGAGUGUUACGGGAUUCCCGGGUUGAGUUACGGGGUUGAUAGUUUGUUUAGUUACGGGUUGAACAGCGGGGUUGGGAGUGGGCUGGUGGUUUCGUGUGGGUAUCAUGCGACGCACGUGAUUCCGAUUUUGAACGGGAGGAUGGUACCGGAUAAGGUUAGGCGGAUUAACUUGGGAGGGUUCAACAUGAUCAACUUUAUGUUUCGGCUGCUGCAGCUGAAAUAUCCGGUGCACGUGAACGCCAUCACGUUGAGUCGGGCCGAGGCCAUGAUCCAUAGCUAUUGCUCGUUCGCUUACGACUACAUGGAAGCGCUGAAGGACUGGGCUUUGCUGGAGUAUUACGACCAGAAUGUGACCAAGAUUCAGCUGCCGUACAAUCAGACCGUGACGGCACCGGUUCUGACGGCUGAGCAACGGGUUGAGAAGCGGAAGGAACUCUCUCGACGCUUGGUUGAAAUAAAUUUGAGGAAGAGAGAGGAGAAACACGCCCAGGACAAGGAGAUGUUGGCGAGUUUGGAAGCCGCUGAUGAAAACCUUGACGACGAGGAGAAUCUCAACUUUGUCCUGCAAGAGUUCGAGCUGAAGGGUGUCGACGAUAUGCGCAAGACCAUCGUCACCCUGCGCGAUCGCAUCGCCAGAACGUCCCAAAAGAUGAACGCCGCCCAAACCGUGGUCCAACCCGUCGAAGAAAAGCCCGUCCUCCUCCAACCUCCCCCAAACCUAACCAUCGACCAGUGGGUCGUUGAAACGCGCCGCAAACGGGACGAAAUCCUCGACAAGAAGCAAACCCGCAAACAGCGCCGCCAAGACCUCGCGAAACGCCGCACGGCCGCCGCCCAGGAACGAAUGCGGAUCAUCUCCCAGCUGGCCAAGAAGGAGAAAGGCAACGACGACUUCGGCAUGCGCGACGAAGACUGGGACGUGUACAAAUCAAUCAGCCGCGACGGCGACAGCGACAGCGAAGCCGAAAACGAAAAGCUGCUCGAGUACGAAGAAGUCCUCAAACAGCACGACGCCACCUACGUCGAACCCUCGUCCGCACCCGGCUCCAACAUUGCCGAAUUCCACCAGCUUCACCUCGGCGUGGAGAAAAUCCGCGUCCCUGAAAUCCUCUUCCAGCCCAGCAUCAUCGGCAUCCAGGAAGCCGGCCUCGCCGGAACCAUCGACUACGUGCUCAAACUCUUCCCCGCGGAAGUCCGCCCCCAACUAAUCUCAAACAUCUGCCUAACAGGCGGUUGCGCCAACAUCCCCGGCUUCCGCGAACGACUCCACCGGGAAAUGCAAGCCAUGCUCCCGUUCCAAUCCAGCUUCAACCUUUCCCUCGCGGCGAAUCCCACCCUAGACGGGUGGAAGGGUGCGGCCAGGUUCGCCACGACGGAACAGUUCCGCGAGUCGCUGUUGACGCGGCAAACGUACGACGAGUGCGGUGGGGAGUACUUUAAGGAGCACGUGGCGAGCAACUUUUACUAUCCCACGCCGAGUAGCAGUUUGGUGGCGGCGGCGGCAGGGAGUGAGGUGAUUAAUUGAGGAAAAUAAAAGUGUUUUGAGUGGAAA